UCGCCACUUAGUAACGGAGGCGGUGCUCUCGCAGUGUGGACGAGAAACAAACUGCGUUGGCGGAGAAGCACGUUGCUCCAAGGCAGGACUUGCAAGUGAAGUAGGCUUCAUCCACGAGAAGAAACAACAAGGAACUCUAGUUUGAACCCAUGGAUUUGCAGCAAUCAUCGGACUACCUAACGUUUAAAUGAUAUUGAAAUGGAGGUAUGCUGAAGUUGGAACGUGACGUCGGUUACAUUUCACUGUUUAUCGAAGGUAGGCCUUGAAUGUGUCCAUGAUGACCAAGACUCCUCCCAACAGAAGAGGGAUCACCUUUGAGGUGGGAGCACAGCUGGAGGCUCGCGACAGCCUGAAGAACUGGUACCAGGCGAGCAUAGAGAAGAUAGACUAUGAGGAGGAGAAGGUUCUGAUCCACUACCGUCAGUGGAGCCACCGCUAUGACGAGUGGUUUGACUGGACCAGCCCCUACCUGAGGCCCCUGGAGAGGAUCCAGUUGAGGAGAGAGGGUCUGCAGGACAAAAGACCCAGCCCGGUGUUUCGGGUGAAUGAGAAAGUCUUGGCCUGUUGGGUAGACUGCCGCUACUAUCCUGCUAAAGUUCUGGAAGUCAAAAGAGAUGCUUCCUACACUGUGAAGUUUUUUGAUGGAGUAGUCAAGACUCUUAAGCCAACCAAAGUAAAGCCAUAUAAGAAAGAGAAUGGGAAGGCCAGGGAGAGGGACAGAACUCAAAGUGAGCAGAGCGGUGGGAAAGACAAAGCCAAGGAGAACGGGAAAGCCGUGAGUGACGAAUCCAAAAACGGCUCUUCAGACCUGGAUGGAGAGCGCAACGGAGAGGAAGAAGAGAGAAGAGAAGAUGGAGAGGAAAAAACGCUGAAUGGCAACGUUGAGACCAGUGGACAGAAAGGGAACCUAAACGGAGAAGAGGGGGAAAAGGGGGCAGGAGGAGGGCAGAGAGAAGAGCCACAAGCCAAGGAAAAUGGGCAGGUUGUCCAAACUAAAAGGGAAGAAGUUAAUGUAGAAGGGGAGCGAGUGAUGCGCAGUACCCAACAGCAGGGGGAGAAGAAAGAAGAGGGUGCAUCGGGACAGAGUCCCCAGCUGCCCAGGGGGAACCGGUACCGACCCUCUGAAGAAAGUCAACGUGAACUGAGGAAGAGGAGGGUGUCUCUUGGACAGAUGCCACCACCAAAGAGGAGAAGGCCAGACACAAGUAAAGACAGAAACAGCCAGUCUCAGAAGCAGGCAGGAUCCGAUUCCAUCCCAGAGUCCCCAGCAUUAACCCCAGACCAGACAAACACCCAGACACCCACAGACGCUGGCAUCGAAGCCCCAUCAGAUAUAGGUCAAGGAGAUGGAGAUGAAUAUGACAAAUCAAUACUGAAAUGCCAAGUCCACCUGCCUACCACCCACAAGUACAGCAGAGAGCCAUUGUAUCGAGUCAUCAAAAACCAGCCGCCCCCAAUCCUCUCCAUUGAACUGGACCACAACCCCUUCAAGUGCAAGGCCCCUGGCUGUCUGAAGUCCUUCCGGAAGGCCUCUCUCCUGCACUACCACGUCAAGUACUACCAUGCAGACAGCGAGCAUGCCUCUGGGGGCAGCAUGCAAACCCGGGCCUCAGAGAAGCAGGCUGGCUCCCAGGAGACACCCAGGAAGAGACGCACAAUGUCAGGCUCUAUACACUCUCCCCUGGGUGACAGACAGGCUGCCAAUGGGAUGAACUGUCAUCGUCGGAGAUCACUGAGUGAGAAAAGGAAGGAGAACCAGCACACCAACAGCAGACCCCAUGAAGAAAGAGAAUGGGGCGCCAGUGAAACAGGGGAAAAGAUUAGAGAGAAGACGGAAAGAGACUUCCUCAAUAAACAGAAGAAAAGGAAGAAGAAAGGGAGGUCAAAGUCAGAGAAUACGAAUGGUGAGGAGAACAUAGGCAUCUCCUUAUUUAACUCUACUCAGUCCAAUCCGAAUCUGGUAUCCAAAUUCCCCCUCUCGCACAAACACAAGUUAUCUUACGACUCAAGCCCAGAACACAUCACAGAUCAGGUGCAAGAGGACGAUGAAAGUGAUUGGUCAACAGUCAGCGCUGAGUGGAGUGAUGAGUACAUGGAGGCGGAGCUGGAUGUGACCACUCCCAUGUCAGAACAGAAUGUAUCCAUGGUGACCAAGGGCUCUGACAUAGUGCGCUGCGUCUGUGAGGUGGAGGAGGAGAAUGAUUUCAUGAUUCAGUGUGAUGAAUGUCUGUGCUGGCAGCAUGGCACCUGUAUGGGCCUCUUCGAGCACAAUGUACCUGACACAUAUAACUGCUACAUUUGCAGAGACCCACCAGUCCAGAGACAGAGCCAGCGUUACUGGUACGACAGGGAUUGGCUGAGUAGUGGUCACAUGUAUGGCCUGUCUUUCCUGGAUGAGAACUACUCCCACCAGAAUGGAAAGAAGAUAACAGCCACUCACCAGCUCCUGGGUGAUGUACACCAAGUAUUUGAGGUGCUCAACGGCCUGCAGCUUAAGAUGAGCAUCCUUCAGACCCAGACACACUCUGACCUGAAGCUGUGGCGCCAGCCCUGGAAGCAGGAGGAGGAGCUGGGUAGGAGCUGCAGUAUGGCGACCUGCAGGGCCCCUUCACCUGCAGCCAACGACCGAGGGGAGGGGGGAGAAGCGCUGAGGGCCACGUCAGUCUCCGCCCCCUCUGAGAAGCUCAAAAGGGUUCAGAUGAGCCCAACAUCCUUCCAGGACUCGAACGCUUCGUACAUCAGCAGUGAGCACUGCUACCAGAAACCGCGAGCGUACUACCCAGCGGUGGAGCAGAGGCUAGUGGUGGAGACACGGGGAGGCUCUGAGCUGGAGGACAGCCUGAGGAGCACUGAGAACCUGCUAGAGCAGUGCUAUGGUGGCCCACUGGACCCAGACAGAGCCAAACUCUACCCCAGCUCCCUGCUGCAGGACCGGGCCAAGAUUCACCCAAUUGCCCUACAACCAGACAAGGGUCUGGAUCUGUAUAAGAAGCUGUAUGUGGGAAUGGAGAGUGAAGUAGAGAUGAGGACAGAAGAGGCUGAGCCCAGCACAGACAUAAAGCCAGACCCAGAAAAAGACAAUGUGCUGCAGUGGCAGAUCAACCUUUUGGAUCACAUAGAGGCCAUGCAGAACCAAGUCACACACAGGAUGGACCUCAUCGAGAAGGAGCUGGAUGUGUUGGAGAGUUGGCUUGACUACACAGGGGAACUGGAGCCUCCUGACCCAUUGACCCGGCUGCCUCAGCUCAAACACCGUAUCAGACAGAUGCUCACAGACCUGGGCACGGUGCAGCAGAUCUCCCUCUGCUCCUCCAAAACAUGAGGGCGCCACUGAGCUCAGCACUUCACCACAGACACCUGGCUGGAGCAGGGCGUAUCAAGCAACGCUACAGUACAAACGGUUGUUUAGUAGGUUACGGGCAGAAAUUGUAACCGAGGAUUCCUGAGACACCUGCUACUGCUGAUCAUUCUAGAAUCAACAAUCUAAAAUGUAUGGCAUCUUUCAACAAAGAUGCAGGAUACAUAGGACUAUUUUUCUGAAAUGCAAGAAAAUUAAGAACAUAGAACAUAACCAUGUUCAGCGCUUGGAUUUUUGAUUGUAAGUUAACCCCUCCUAAUAAUGUACUUCUUGUAACUUAAAAAAUUAUUAAUACUUGCUUUGUUUUUGCUAACAGAAAUAAUCUAUCUGCUUUUUUGAUUAAGAAAGUCAUUGAAUGACUUUGCUGAAAGGUUAAAAUAAGGUUGAAAUGUAGGCCACUAUAGGGUUCAUUCUACUGUAAUUCUAUUAAGAUUUGUAUAACAUUACCAAUGUUUGUUCAAUGUAAGCAAAUAGGAUUUGAUGCAGAUGUUUUCAAGUUUCAAAUGCAUAUUUUGGAUUAGGGUUUCAAUUAAAUGCAUAUUUUUAAAUGGCUUAAUAAUGAUGUGUUUUAAGAUCAUAAAAAAACAAGUCUUGAAAAAAAUGAAAGUUCCUUUUAAAGGGAAGGGAAACUAUUUUCAUAUUUGCAAAUAAAUAUUGUCCUGUCUUUUGAACUAGUCCAGAAUGUUCUUGAAGUUAACAAAUGUUCCCUUCCUCAUAAAUAUUGUAGUACAGUACGAGUUAUUCUUUAGAGUACAUUGCCAAUAUUGAGGCUUUUGCAAAAAAACUAGAUUUUGUAAUAUUGUCAGUUUAGACAUUUCUCUGAUUUAGAUAAUUAGUUGUAAUGUUUGUUUUUUGUAUGUUUGACUCAUCUAUCAUCUAUCUUACUGGUUAAGGAUCCAGAACUUGUUAUUUUAUUAUUUCAUGUUUUGCCAUGUGGGCACUGUGCUCUUUUUAUUUAUUGUGAUUCAGAAUUUAAUUUAUCAUUUCGCAUUUUUUAUUCUAUCUUUGUCACUCAAUAAGUAAUGAUGUGUAUGGUGCAUAGAGUAUAGGACUCUCACAGUAUAUUUAGUACUGCUAUACACAGUACAUGGCCUGUACACUAGCUUUUUGUUCACCUGCACCCACCCACAAUUGCUAAUAACCCAUCUGUAACCACCCGACUGUGGUAAAGUGAAAAUCUGAGACCCGCACCCAACUUUAACCUGUAAAUAUAGAAAAAUGCGCUGUAUAGGUCCCUUCUUCUGUUGAACAAUGAUGUUUUUCUUAAACAUUUCUUAAUUUAUUUAUUGAAUAUUUAGGCCUAUUGAAUAGAAGCCUAAUGUUUUGCAGAUUUUUUUUCAAACAGUAGCCUAAAUUGGCAACUUGCGCCAGCUUACGCACUAAUGCUUGAUAAAAAUAAAAUAACCUCGAAGUAGCCUAUAGAUAUUAAUUGCACAAUAAUUAUACAUUUAUGGGUUUUCUUUAUCUUUGCAUGUUAAAUGAAUAUUGGACAUCUGACUUUAUUUUGACCCAUUUCAGAAUUCUUUGUUGUCCCUUACUGUUUAUUUGAAUGGUUAAUCAUUUAUUUCAGCUGUACGUUGGCAUACAGUGUCAGACUUAUCAAUGUUUUUUUUAUUUAUUAUUAGAUUGUUUUUCCAGAGAGUACUGAGAUGUAGCUUUACCCAGGAUCCAACACUAGAAUUGUGCUAUUUUCCCUUGCAAAAAAAGAUUGCAGUUUUCAAACUGCAGUAAAAGUGCAGUAACUGCAGACUGUGGUAAUUGCAGAAUAACUGCAGUUAAACUACAGUUACACUGUAAAAUUACCAUAGUAUUAAAAAAUACGCUGAUGCAGUAUUUCGAGCAUACUGCACUCGAACUGCAAUCUUUUUUCGUAAGGGUUUGUUUAAGAAAUAAUUAUUUUAGAUUUCCAUGCAAGAAAAUAAACCUUUAUCUAAAUUAA